AGCCAGAGAGAUGUGCUCCCAGCUGGAAUAAAGCACAGCAUACCUGACAAAUCCAGGGACACAGAUGACCCCUGGAAUGCUGAAUGUCAUGUUUAGAGCCAACCUCAGGAUUAGAAAGCUGGGAAAUGGCUGUCACCACUCCUUGUGCCACAGCUGCCUAACAACACCAAGGGAGGUGACAUGCAAACACUGAAGUCUUGCUUUAAAAACCAAGAUGCUAAGCAGUUCAGAUCACUCAGCUAUGCCACUGGCUGGAAAUGAGAUGUUGCGCCUGUCAGCUUCAAGAAGACAGGAAAUUUGUCCAUCUUAUUCAAAUGCCAUAUCCAAUCCUAGACAGCUGCUCAACUCUAGGAAAAGUCCUAUCCUUUUAUAAUAUCAUCAAGGGGAUAUCUGGAACAAAGUCAAUCCUCUCAGUUACAUAAAAUAAAGAAUGGCAUACAAUUGGCAGGUAGAUCCACAUCCCAAUGAACCACAUGAAGAACAGUAUGAACAUGGAGAAUUUCACUCUAUAAAUCAGUCCUUCUCACCAAACCAAGUUAGUCUGGGUUUUGAUCAGCUAGUAAAAGAAAUCAGUAAUAGAAACCCACUCUAUCAGGGUGAAAUAGAAAAAAAUAACUUUUUUAUGCCCACUGUACUAAGCUGGGACCCAAAAAGGCAUUUGCCAACUGAAACACACCAAAUAUCCUUGAAUGAAUUCCCUGCUAAAAGCCCAGAACUCUCUUGGACUCAAAGUGGGAAAAGUUCAGCUACUGGUUUUAAACCUUCUGUGCUACCAAAAUCAGAAGUGAUGAAUAAACACAGUUCUUUGGGAAACUCCAUAAGAAAACAUCAUGAUGCUGAUGGCCUUAGAUUCAGUCUUGCAAAUCUGUCAAGCACUAAUUUGGAUGAAAUCAAUCCACAAAGAGAAUUGAAAUCUAAAAAUCAUCACUACCAUAUAGGAUUUGAAGAGAAUGUUUCUCAUGUAUAUUCAUCCUCCUCAACUGACUUCAUGCCAAAAGAUGAGAAUGAGAGAACUGCAAAUACCAACACUGCAAAUCCUUCUCUAAUGUUCUUUGAAGAUUCUGUUCUACCCAGAAAAUGGGAAAGUCCAUGGACAGAAACCACAGAGCCAAUAGGUUGUUCCAUUGAAAUUAUUGAAGUACCCCGAGGCAGUAAUCCAAGCCUGGUCUCCUUUUGUGGCAAAGUGAAAAAAAUAAGAGAAACAUAUCAUGCAGCUGAUGCUAACUUCAAUUCUGGAAAGAUCUGGAGCCCUAUUACUGCGUUUCCAUUUCAGCUAUUUUCUAAGAGCAAGUUCAACCUCAAAAUUUUUACUGAUAAUUCAGCACAACCACUUCAUCUUACACCAUAUGCUAAUUAUCUUGUCAAAGACUUAAUCGUAGAAAUUCUACAUUUAUGUACAAGUGACCAGCCCUACCCCAACAAUUAUCUUCUCAAUAUAUGCGGUCCAGAGUGGCCGAGAAAUUUGCAUUCUCAACAGCUUCUGAAUGAUGCCGAGGCUAUGGGUACGCAGUUCAUAUUUCAAAGCAGCGCAAUACUACCUAAUUUAGACUCUUCAAAAGAAAAAUAUUUAUCCGCUUUUCUAGAACAGAACACUGAUCACUCUUUGGGGAGUCACAAAAUGUUUCAGAAAAAUAAAUCUGUUAUUCAUCUUCACCUACAGAAAAAUACAACAGCCCCAGGAAAGUUAUCUAGAAAGCCUGAUGAUGACCACAGUGAGUUGGACCUAAACCAACUUACAGAAUUUAUUCACAUUUGGAAAGUGUCCAGACAGUGUGUGUCAACUAUUAUAAAAAGAUACGACUUCUACGUAAAACACUUGUUGAAAAACCAGGAAGAUGCAGUGAAGAAAAGAUUGGCACUAAACUUUGCCAGCAUUCAAAAUACUUGUCAGCAAUAUGUCAAUAAUAUUAUAGAAGAAGUUAAAAAUCUAUGCGGUAUCCUUGGAUGUGUUGAAACCGAACAAAUUACAGAUUCGGUGAAUGAACUAAAACUAGUUCUUCAGACAACAGGAGAGAAUGUUCAUCAGAGUGCAGCGACUUCAAUAAAAGGCUUUGUAGAGAAAGUGACAACUGAACUAUCCUUGUCCAUGUGCCGGCUACUUGACAUCUAUUGCAGCAGCUUCUAUGCAGACUUCCAGCCCCUUGAUGCACCCCGAAGCAUCUCCUCCGUGCACCCUGGGCUCCAUGCCCAUCUUAGCUUCACAGUGUAUGCAGUGCACAACAUCCCAGAGACAUGGGCGGACAGCUAUAAAGCAUUUCUGUUUUCUUGUUGGCUUACAUAUGCUGGGAAGAAGUUGUGCCAAGUGAGAAGCUACAGAAAUAUUCCUGCCAAAAAGUUAUUUUUUUCCUUGGUCAAUUGGAAUGAAACGAUCAAUUUUCCUCUGGAAAUACAAUCACUUCCAAGGGAAUCCAUGCUCACAGUGAAAGUGUUUGGGAUUGGCUGCACAAGUAACCAUCCAACUUUAUUGGCCUGGACCUGUCUUCCAUUGUUUCCAAAAGAAAAACCCAUUCUUGGGUCUGUGCUAUUCAGCAUGACAUUACAGAAUGAGCCUCCCAUAGAGAUGAUAGCCCCAGGAGUGUGGGAGGGAAGUCAGGCGAGCCCACUGACCCUGCAGAUUGAUUUUCCAGCUACUGGAUGGGAGUAUAUGAAACCUGAUUCUGAAGAGAAUAGAACUUAUCUUGAAGAACCACCAAAAGAGUAUCUAAAACACAUUGCCAGGCUCUCACAGAAACAGACCCCUUUAUUACUCUCAGAGGAGAAGAAAAGAUACUUAUGGUUUUAUCGACUCUUCUGCAAUAAUGAAAACUGCUCCCUCCCUUUGGUCCUGGGAAGUGCACCUGGAUGGGAUGAAAGGACCACUUCAGAAAUGCACAGCAUCCUGAGGAGUUGGACAUUUUCUCAUCCCUUGGAAGCACUUGGACUUUUGUCUUCCAGUUUUCCAGAUCAGGAAAUUCGUAAAGUGGCUGUUCAACAACUGGACCACCUCUUGAACGAUGAACUAUUGGAGUAUCUCCCCCAGCUUGUUCAGGCAGUCAAGUUUGAGUGGAGCCUUCAGGGCCCUUUGGUGGAACUUCUCCUGCAGCGCUCCCUGCAGAGCAUCCAGGUGGCCCACCGCCUUUACUGGCUGCUAAAGGAUGCACAAAAUGAAGCUUAUUUUAAAAGCUGGUACCAGAAGCUGUUGGCUGCUCUCCAGUUCUGUGUAGGAAAAGCCUUGAAUGAUGAAUUUUCCAAGGAGAAAAAGCUUAUGAAAAUCCUGAGAGACAUUGGGGAAAAAGUGAAGUCUGCCAGUGAUUCUCAAAGACAGGAGGUGCUAAAAGAGGAGACUGGAAGACUAAAUGAAUUCUUUCAAGAUAUAAAUACUUGUCAUCUUCCACUGAACCCUGCACUACGUAUAAAAGGAGUUGCCUGUGAUGAAUGCUCCUAUUUCACAUCCAAUGCCUUGCCAUUGAAGAUUACCUUCAUCAAUGCUAAUCCUAUGGGCACAAACAUCAGCAUUAUUUUUAAGGCUGGAGACGAUCUUCGCCAAGAUAUGCUUGUUCUACAGAUUAUCCAAGUAAUAGACAACAUUUGGCUACAGGAGGGCCUCAAUAUGCAAAUGGUCAUUUACAGAUGUCUAUCUACGGGGAAAAACCAAGGGUUGGUGCAGAUGGUACCUGAUGCUGUAACCCUCGCAAAGAUCCAUCGCCAUUCUGGACUCAUCGGACCGCUGAAAGAAAAUACAAUCAGAAAGUGGUUCCGUCAGCACAACCACCUAAAGGCAGAUUAUGAAAAGGCCUUAAGGAACUUUUUUUAUUCCUGUGCUGGCUGGUGUGUGGUAACCUUCAUCCUGGGAGUCUGCGAUCGUCACAAUGACAACAUCAUGCUGACCAAGUCAGGCCACAUGUUUCACAUCGACUUUGGAAAAUUCUUAGGUCAUGCACAAACAUUUGGAGGGAUAAAAAGGUCAAGGAUUCCCUUCAUUUAUCAAAAANNNAUGGAGUACUUUAUUACAGAAGGUGGAAAAAACCCACAACAUUUUCAAGAUUUUGUGGAGCUUUGCUGUAGAGCAUAUAAUAUUGUCAGAAAGCACAGCCGCCUGCUCUUAAACCUUCUAGAAAUGAUGCUAUAUGCAGGACUUCCUGAGCUAAGUGGAAUCCAAGACCUGAAAUAUGUAUAUGACAACCUCCGUCCACAAGACACAGACCUGGAAGCAACAAGUCAUUUUACCAAGAAAAUAAAGGAAAGUCUGGAAUGUUUCCCUGUUAAGCUGAACAACUUGAUCCAUGUACUUGCACAAAUGUCAGCUGUGAGCCCUGCCAAACCUCCUCCUCAGACGUCCUCCCAAGAACCCCAUAUGCUGAGCACCACCAGGUCAAUUCAAAGAGCAAUAAUUUUAGGGUUCAGCAAGAAACCCAGUGAUUUAUAUUUGAUCCAGGUGACACACGGGAACCAUGAAAUCAGCCUGACAGAAAAGUCAUUUGACCAGUUUUCCAAACUUCACAGCCAACUUCAGAAGCAGUUCGCAUCACUGGCUCUCCCAGAGUUUCCUCAUUGGUGGCACUUACCUUUUACAAAUUCUGACCACAAAAGAUUCAGAGAUCUAAAUCAUUACAUGGAGCAGAUAUUGCACGGAUCAUAUGAAGUUGCAAAUAGUGAUUGUGUACUUACAUUUUUCCUGUCUGAGCCUGUGCAAGAAACAAUUGAGGAAUCUUCACUUGUGAGCCUAGGUGAGACGUCUUCAGACAAGAACCCUAAGGUGCAGUUAGUGAUAUCAUAUCAGGAUGCAAAGCUGACCAUACUGGUGAAACACAUGAAAAACAUUCAUCUCCCAGAUGGCUCUGCUCCCAGCGCACAUGCUGAAUUUUAUCUUUUACCGUAUCCCAGUGAAAUUCGUAGAAGAAAAACAAAAUCCGUUCCAAAAUGUACCGACCCCACUUACAAUGAAAUUCUGGUAUAUGAUGAAGUCCCAGAACUCCAAGGACAUGUCUUAAUGCUUAUUGUGAAGAGUAAAACUGUUUUCGUGGGAGCAAUUAACAUCCAACUCUGUAGUGUCCUGCUCAAUGAAGAAAAAUGGUAUCCACUAGGAAACAGUAUAAUUUGACCACUGCAAUGAGCAUCUGCAUUAUUCAUUAACUGCUUGCAUUUUUUCACUUCUAGGCCUCUCUAUCACAAAAGCAUGGCAUCUUUGUUGCAUAGGGUAUUAAGGAUGUAAGAAAAAGAAAUCAGAAUCAGUCUUUUAUUAUUCAUUCUCUAUCGGUUCUUUCCUUGUUUACUUAGGAUCUUUUCUCCUCAAAUGGAAUGUUCCUCAUUUAAACUUCAAUAUGUAAAAUUAAAAAGUCCAUGUUAAUGUACCUUUUAAAUCAAAUAUAUGUUCACAUUUUUUCUUAUUUGCCUACAGUUAAAAGUAAUAUUUUAAUGUGCUUUCCAGGAAA